AUGGCCACACUAGACACUCCAUCAAACUCUGCAGAUCAGGUUCACCGCCCGAACCCUAGGAGUCUAACCAACUUAACAGACAUUCUAUCGUGUCUCUCCGCAUUUCAAUCAGAAGAAGCAGAACUUUCCAGUUCUCUAACACAGUUGUUAAAGGACAAAGAACCCAUAAUCUCGUCAUUGGCUCGUUUGGAGUCUCUCAUUCCCCAACUCGAUGAAUUGCAAGUGGACGCCGCUCUGCUCUCAGAUAGGGUCUCCAAUACAGCAAAGACAGCGGAGAGGGUUGGUAGUCGUGUUAGAUCUCUUGACGAGGAAAUGGGACGCGUCAGAGAAGCAGGAGAUCGUGUUGGCCAAGUUAUGGAACUCAAGGCCUCUCUUUUAGCUCUACAAACAUCCAUUGAGUCCCAAGACUGGGAGUCUGCUGCUAGGCAUUGUGCAAGGGCUAUGGCUCUUCCUCUGGACGUAAUAGCUGGCCCAUUUGCAGAAAUAGCAGUGCCAACGUCAGAAAGCCAUCUACCUCCCCCACAGACUCUACAAGCCGCCAGGGAAACCUUAUUAUCUGUUUUUCGUGAAAAGUUUCAAGAAGCCUCUCGUGCACGCGAUUCGAACGCAACAAGUCGUUUCUUCAAGUUAUUUCCCGCGAUUGGCUGGGAAGAUGAGGGUCUCGAAGCAUACGCAUCAUUUGUGGUGGAACUUGUCCGGGUAAGGUCACCGGCCAGCGCAAAAUCUUCAUCGCCCCUAUAUUAUAUCACAGCCCUGACAUCUUUAUUCGAAAGUAUCGCCAUGAUAGUAGAUCAACAUCAGCCAGUAGUAGAAAAAUACUAUGGCCCCGGUAAAAUGCAGAAUGUUGUCCGUCGUCUGCUCGAAGAAAGUGACAGGGUAACAAAAAGCUUGAUCAACGGUUGGGAAGAGGAUAGAUCAAUGCAGCGCAAGCUAACUGAGGUCUCAAAUAAUCCACCAAUGCCGCUAUAUUCUUCCUUGCGUAGGCCCGCUGAAGACAAUGCCGUCGAUCCUCGUGAGAUAGACAAGGUUUUGUCGGAACUUGCUGGGAUGUUGGGUCGAUGGAACCUGUUCAAGAAAUUUCUGUCAGAGUCACUAAAGGGAAAUGUUGGUAGUACCAAUGAAGAUGGGGCAGAAGCUGCAGCUAUUGUGAAUGAAAAACAUAGCCCGCCUGUUCAAUUUGAUCCUAUCAACUCUACCGAAUCAAACAAACUAUUUGAGCACUUGACCACAAUAUAUUACAUUCCUAUGGAAAUAUGGUAUACUCGCACUAUAAUAGAUAAGGCCCACAGACUUUCCACUCCUGAUCUAUCGCAAAGUCCAGUAAUCACCACAGCACCUGAUGACGUUUUCUAUAUCUUGAAAUCUGUUACCGCACGGUUAAUGACUACAGGGUCUCUUGGUGCAGUUGAGAAAACGUUACAACAAAUUCGUGAAGUCAUCGACCGUGAUUAUAUAGGUGUCAUCAAAAGAAAACUGGAUGAUGUUUACAAGAGUCAAGGUCCUGCACCCUCGGGUGCAAGACCAGACAGAGCCGAGAGGGAAAAUAGAAAUUCAUUCAUAAUUCUUUUGAACGAUUUUGAUGUAUCAACGUCUCAUCUGGAACGAUUGAUUCACGACCUAGUAGAAAGUUCCUUGAUUCCUCAACAUUUCACUGAAGAAAGUCAGGCACUUGUUAAAGAACAAGUUACAGGCCUGUCUUCUUUAACAAAUAGAUUGAAGUCAUCUUUAAGAUCCGGCAUUGAACAACUUUUCAACCAACUACUUCGACCUAAAUUACGAAAUUUUAUUCCAGAAAUUUUCAAGGAUAUCUCGUAUGUUUUGGACGAAGAUGGAUACUCAACAGCAGAUUAUCAUGAUUUGGCUCGCAAACGGUUUAUAAAGACGUGGGAGUCCUUGGUUGACGGAUACAAGGCAAUGAUACCAACCAAUUACCGUUUAUUCAUCGGGCUCGUGCUUGAUGUACUAUUGAAACCCUGGGAGAAGACAGUGAUGAGUUUGAAAUACACGGAGCUUGGAGCUGUGCGAUUUGACCGGGACCUUAGGGCAAUUAUCGCGUAUCUUUCUUCGCAAACAACCUUUGGUGAUAUUAGGGAAAAAUUCUUAAGAUUACAACAGAUUUCAACACUGUUAAAUUUAGACGCAGAUGAAGAUGUCGACGAAUUUUACAAUGGAUCCGGUAUAUCGUGGAAGAUAGGGCCACAUGAGGCGAGAGCAAUUGCUAGUUUGAAGAUUUGA